AUGCUCGCUGGGCUGUGUCUCUUAGUGCUGUCUCUGGUUGUUCUUGCAAGAACGGGUGAUGACAACGUUUUCGUGUCUUUCGGGGUCGGAGGUGCGGAGAAGGAGAGCACCGGAGCGACUGCGCGGAGAUGGCUGCGUGGAGAAGGGUGGGGGGGUGAUAGCGCAGGGAGGGAUCAAGGGUCUGUCCUGUCGAGAGCCUUCCGUCGGCUUGCGACAGCCCGGGCGCCCCCAGGUCACCCGUACUUCACGGACGACGAGCAAGCGGUGAUCUUCGAAGCUGCGGCCGACGAGGAAGAGCAUGGCGGCCACAACCAUCACGGGCACUUCUGGCACAAGCCGCUGCAUCCCAUCGACGGGUGGGAUGUGACCGGCGUGGGCCUGGCGUGCAUCGGGCUGAUGAUCGCGGCCGCGGGAGGGAUAGGCGGCGGCGGCAUCCUCGUGCCUCUGUAUAUCCUCGUGCUGGGGUUCGAUCCCAAGCACGCUAUACCGCUAUCCAACAUAACGAUCUUCGGCGGGGCGAUCACCAACACGGUGCUCAACCUCAGCAAGCGGCACCCGGCCGCAGACAGGCCGCUGGUGGACUGGGACCUCAUCCUGGUCAUGGAGCCCCUCACAAUCGGUGGAGCGCUGGUGGGGAGCUUUAUCAACAAGGUGCUGCCGGACUGGAUCCUGGCAAUCAUGCUCAUCGUUCUCUUGGCCGCGACGGCGAACAGAACCCUUCGCAAGGGGAUCAAGUCCUACAACAAGGAGACCGAGGCUCAGCUGAAGGAGAAGUUGAAUCGAGGCACGAGCGAGCUGACCGUGGUGCAUGAGAGCCUGCUAGAGGAGGAUAACGCCGACGAGGGGGACGCCCUUCUCGGCGCAUCCGAAAAGAACUUGACCGGCGACAGAGAAGUGGACGACAGGGAGUACGAGCUCAAGCAGCUCAUGGAAGGGGAGAGAUUUACGCCUCUGUUCAAGGUUGGCGUUCUCACCGGGGUGUUCGUAGUGGUGCUGUCCGUUAACCUUCUCAAGGGGGGAGGGGCGUUCCCGAGCCCCCUGGGCAUCGAGUGCGGCUCCUACGCGUUCUGGGGCGCGACGGGCUUCAUCUUCGUUUGGGUGCUCGGCGUCUCGCUCCCUAAGAACCGAGCUUGUUAA